GUCUUAUUCACAAUAGGUGCUUUGGACCAUUUGACCACAGUGAAAACUUUCCUUCUCAGUGAAAACUGUAUUCUAAAAUGGCAGGUCAGGAACCCACAGUGCAAUCAGACACUAAAGCCCAGUAGCAGAGAAGGUGACAAUGGGUGUCUUACCAAGAAACUAUACUAACGCAUUCCGGGGGGCAGUCAUCCUUCUGUGUGACAUCUGACAUAAGGAACUAGAGUUCUGUAAGGGCAGGAUGCCAAGGAGCUGUUGGCACAAACAAAGCCUUUGACAUCUUCAUCACCAUGAGAUGCUGACACACAGGGUUAGGGCAGAAAAACAACAGAAAACCUUCAAGUGUUGAAAAAGGCAGAAUGAAGGAACACUCGGUUUGUCAUUGCUUAGAACCUCAGGGAGAUUUAUCUGAGGCAAUAUGGGUUUUAACAUUCACAUGGGAUCAUUUGAAACAGCUCUUUUUAUCUAGUUACUACUUAGCUUGAACAUAAGGUUUAAAUAGGCAGGGAGAGGGAAAGAUAAAACGCACAUUUGCCAGCAUUCCUGGCUACUAAAAGGAGCACCAAGAUAGAGAGGCCUAGGCCUGGGCUUUCUCUCCUUAAAAUAGUUCUGCAGCUCGGCAGCACUGUGACUCCAUGGAAGCACACAUUCCAGCUCAGGUUCUCCAUGUGGUGGGCCCAGGCCCCACCUCCACCAGGCCUAUCGCCCUUCCACACCACACGAGAGGCUGUGCCAGACAGCCUGUGGCGAUAUACAAAGACCAGAACUCAUCAUGCCUUCUGGAGGUGACGAGCUGACAGGCUGACACAAGCCAUUUGCUUUGCAUUCCCAUCCAAGGGCUCCAUUGGGGAAGGGUUUGUCUCUGCAUAGGUCUGAGCACGGCAGCAAAGUCAGAGCGAUGCAGCAGAGAACCAAGAAAAGAGGAGUGCUUUCAGAAUUCUAAAUCUGAGAGCAAAGGCUCGAAUUCACUGCCGAGCGAUAAGGCCGUAUGAGAUUUUAUGGCCUUCAAACGUGGCCACAGACAUUGUUUCUGAGUUUUUAAAAAGUACAAGGAAAAGUACAAGUGGGAUAGCUGUUCAGUUGUGACAUCAGCUGUUGGUCCCCAACUGGAGUCACAAUGAUUCGGGCCUUCGCUCAGCCAUCCACACCCCCAUACCAGCCGCUCUCCAGUUGCCUGUCUGAGGACACAGAGAGGAAGUUCAAGGGCAAGGUGGUACACGAAGCUCAACUCAACUGUUUCUACAUUUCUCCUGGAGGUUCCAACUAUGGGAGCCCACGCCCAGCUCAUGCCAACAUGAAUGCCAAUGCAGCUGCAGGACUUGCCCCCGAGCACAUCCCUACUCCAGGGGCAGCACUGUCCUGGCAGGCAGCCAUCGAUGCCGCCCGGCAGGCCAAGUUAAUGGGCAGUGCUGGCAACGCAACCAUCUCUACCGUCAGUUCCACACAGCGGAAGCGGCAGCAGUAUGGGAAACCCAAGAAGCAGGGGGGCACAACUGCCACACGGCCGCCCCGGGCUCUGCUCUGCCUGACUCUGAAGAACCCCAUCAGGAGGGCAUGCAUCAGCAUUGUUGAAUGGAAACCAUUUGAAAUAAUUAUUUUAUUGACGAUUUUUGCCAAUUGUGUGGCCUUAGCAAUCUAUAUUCCCUUUCCGGAAGAUGACUCCAACGCCACCAACUCCAACCUGGAACGGGUGGAGUAUCUCUUCCUCAUCAUUUUUACCGUGGAAGCAUUUUUAAAAGUGAUUGCCUACGGACUACUCUUCCACCCCAACGCUUACCUCCGCAACGGUUGGAAUUUACUAGAUUUUAUAAUCGUGGUUGUAGGGCUUUUUAGUGCAAUUUUAGAACAAGCAACCAAAGCUGAUGGGGCCAACGCUCUGGGAGGGAAAGGAGCAGGAUUCGAUGUGAAGGCACUGAGAGCUUUCCGCGUGCUUCGUCCCCUGCGGCUGGUGUCUGGAGUCCCAAGUCUCCAGGUGGUCCUGAACUCCAUCAUCAAGGCCAUGGUGCCCCUGCUGCACAUUGCCCUCCUCGUGCUCUUCGUCAUCAUCAUCUACGCCAUUAUCGGCCUGGAGCUCUUCAUGGGGAAGAUGCACAAGACCUGCUACAACCAGGAGGGCAUAAUAGAUGUUCCGGCGGAAGAGGAUCCCUCCCCUUGUGCUUUGGAGACAGGCCAUGGGCGACAGUGUCAGAACGGGACCGUGUGCAAGCCCGGGUGGGAUGGGCCCAAGCACGGCAUCACCAACUUCGACAACUUCGCCUUCGCCAUGCUGACGGUGUUCCAGUGUAUCACCAUGGAGGGCUGGACGGACGUGCUGUACUGGAUGCAAGACGCUAUGGGCUAUGAGUUGCCCUGGGUGUAUUUUGUCAGUCUGGUCAUCUUUGGAUCCUUUUUCGUUCUAAAUCUGGUUCUCGGUGUUUUGAGCGGAGAGUUUUCCAAAGAGAGGGAGAAAGCCAAAGCUCGAGGAGACUUUCAGAAGCUUCGUGAGAAGCAGCAGCUAGAAGAAGAUCUCAAAGGCUACCUGGACUGGAUCACCCAGGCGGAAGACAUAGACCCUGAGAAUGAGGACGAGGGCAUGGAUGAAGACAAACCCCGAAAUAUGAGCAUGCCCACAAGUGAGACUGAGUCUGUCAACACCGAAAACGUGGCUGGAGGUGACAUCGAGGGUGAAAACUGUGGAGCCCGGCUUGCCCACCGGAUCUCCAAAUCCAAGUUCAGCCGCUACUGGCGCCGGUGGAAUAGAUUCUGCAGAAGAAAGUGCCGUGCCGCAGUGAAGUCCAACGUCUUCUACUGGCUGGUGAUCUUCCUGGUGUUCCUCAACACCCUCACCAUUGCCUCCGAACACUACAACCAGCCUCAUUGGCUCACAGAAGUGCAAGACACGGCCAACAAGGCCCUCCUGGCCCUUUUCACGGCGGAAAUGCUCCUGAAGAUGUACAGCCUGGGUCUGCAGGCCUACUUUGUAUCCCUCUUCAACCGCUUUGACUGUUUCAUUGUGUGCGGGGGCAUCCUGGAGACCAUCCUGGUGGAGACGAAGAUCAUGUCGCCCCUGGGCAUCUCCGUGCUGAGAUGUGUGCGGCUGCUCAGGAUUUUCAAGAUCACCAGGUACUGGAACUCCCUGAGCAACCUCGUGGCGUCCUUGCUGAACUCAGUGCGUUCCAUCGCCUCCCUGCUGCUUCUCCUCUUCCUCUUCAUCAUCAUCUUCUCCCUCCUGGGGAUGCAGCUGUUUGGUGGGAAGUUCAACUUCGAUGAGAUGCAGACCCGUAGGAGCACAUUUGAUAACUUCCCGCAGUCUCUCCUCACUGUGUUUCAGAUCCUGACCGGGGAGGACUGGAAUUCGGUGAUGUAUGAUGGGAUCAUGGCUUAUGGCGGCCCCUCUUUUCCAGGGAUGUUAGUCUGUAUUUACUUCAUCAUCCUCUUCAUCUGUGGAAAUUAUAUCCUACUGAAUGUGUUCUUGGCCAUUGCGGUGGACAACCUGGCUGAUGCGGAGAGCCUGACCUCUGCCCAAAAAGAGGAAGAAGAAGAGAAGGAGAGAAAGAAGCUGGCCAGGACCGCCAGCCCAGAAAAGAAACAGGAGGUGAUGGAGAAACCAGCAGUGGAGGAGAGCAAAGAGGAGAAAAUUGAGCUGAAGUCCAUUACAGCAGAUGGAGAAUCCCCGCCCACUACCAAGAUCAACAUGGAUGACCUCCAGCCCAGUGAAAAUGAGGACAAGAGUCCCCACUCCAACCCAGACACUGCAGGUGAAGAGGAUGAGGAGGAGCCCGAGAUGCCUGUGGGCCCACGCCCCCGGCCCCUGUCUGAGCUGCACCUUAAGGAAAAGGCAGUCCCCAUGCCGGAAGCCAGUGCAUUUUUCAUCUUCAGCCCAAACAACAGGUUCCGCCUGCAGUGCCACCGCAUUGUCAAUGACACGAUCUUCACCAACCUCAUCCUCUUCUUCAUUCUGCUCAGUAGCAUCUCCCUGGCGGCUGAGGACCCCGUCCAGCACACCUCCUUCAGGAACCACAUCCUAGGCAAUGCAGACUAUGUCUUCACUAGUAUCUUUACAUUAGAAAUUAUCCUUAAGAUGACUGCUUACGGGGCUUUCCUGCACAAGGGCUCUUUCUGCCGAAAUUACUUCAAUAUCCUGGACCUGCUGGUGGUUAGCGUGUCCCUCAUCUCCUUUGGCAUCCAGUCCAGCGCGAUCAACGUUGUGAAGAUUUUAAGAGUGCUUCGUGUCCUCAGGCCCCUGAGGGCCAUCAACAGGGCCAAGGGGCUAAAGCACGUCGUUCAGUGUGUGUUUGUGGCCAUCCGGACCAUUGGAAACAUUGUAAUUGUCACCACUCUGCUGCAGUUCAUGUUCGCCUGCAUUGGGGUCCAGCUCUUCAAGGGAAAGCUCUAUACCUGUUCAGAUAGUUCCAAGCAGACGGAGGCAGAAUGCAAGGGUAACUAUAUAACAUACAAAGACGGAGAAGUUGACCACCCCAUUAUCCAGCCUCGAAGUUGGGAGAACAGCAAGUUCGAUUUUGACAAUGUUCUGGCAGCCAUGAUGGCCCUCUUUACCGUCUCCACCUUCGAGGGGUGGCCAGAGCUGCUGUACCGCUCCAUUGACUCCCACACAGAAGACAAGGGUCCCAUCUACAACUACCGUGUGGAGAUCUCCAUCUUCUUCAUUAUCUACAUCAUCAUCAUUGCCUUCUUCAUGAUGAACAUCUUCGUGGGUUUCGUCAUUGUCACCUUCCAGGAGCAGGGGGAGACUGAGUAUAAGAACUGUGAGCUGGACAAGAACCAGAGACAAUGUGUGGAAUAUGCCCUCAAGGCCCGACCCUUGCGAAGGUACAUCCCCAAGAACCAGCACCAGUACAAAGUGUGGUACGUGGUCAACUCCACCUACUUCGAGUAUCUGAUGUUCGUCCUCAUCCUGCUCAACACCAUCUGCCUGGCCAUGCAGCACUACGGCCAGAGCUGCCUCUUCAAAAUCGCCAUGAAUAUACUCAACAUGCUCUUCACUGGCCUCUUCACGGUGGAGAUGAUCCUGAAGCUCAUUGCCUUCAAACCCAAGGGUUACUUUAGUGAUCCCUGGAAUGUUUUUGACUUCCUCAUCGUCAUUGGGAGCAUAAUUGAUGUCAUUCUCAGUGAAACUAAUCCAGCUGAACAUACCCAAUGCUCUCCCUCUAUGAGUGCAGAGGAGAACUCCCGCAUCUCCAUCACCUUCUUCCGCCUCUUCCGGGUCAUGCGCCUGGUGAAGCUGCUGAGCCGAGGGGAAGGCAUCCGGACCCUGCUGUGGACCUUCAUCAAGUCCUUCCAGGCCCUGCCCUAUGUGGCCCUUUUGAUCGUGAUGCUGUUCUUUAUCUAUGCAGUGAUUGGGAUGCAGGUAUUUGGGAAGAUUGCCCUGAAUGACACCACAGAGAUCAAUCGGAACAACAACUUCCAGACGUUCCCUCAGGCUGUGCUACUGCUCUUCAGGUGCGCCACUGGGGAGGCCUGGCAGGAUAUCAUGCUCGCCUGUAUGCCGGGCAAGAAGUGUGCCCCAGAGUCGGAGCCCAGCAACAGCACGGAAGGGGAGACGCCCUGUGGCAGCAGCUUCGCCGUCUUCUACUUCAUCAGCUUCUACAUGCUCUGUGCCUUCCUGAUCAUCAACCUCUUUGUAGCUGUUAUCAUGGACAACUUUGACUACCUGACUAGGGAUUGGUCUAUCCUUGGUCCCCAUCACCUGGAUGAAUUCAAGAGAAUCUGGGCCGAGUAUGACCCUGAAGCCAAGGGUCGGAUCAAACACUUGGAUGUGGUGACCCUCCUCCGUCGAAUUCAGCCCCCACUGGGUUUUGGGAAGUUGUGUCCUCACCGUGUGGCCUGCAAACGCCUGGUGUCCAUGAACAUGCCUCUGAACAGUGAUGGGACGGUCAUGUUCAAUGCUACACUGUUUGCCCUUGUCAGGACAGCCCUGAGGAUCAAAACAGAAGGGAACCUAGAGCAAGCCAAUGAGGAGCUGAGAGCCAUCAUCAAGAAAAUCUGGAAGAGGACCAGCAUGAAGCUGUUGGACCAGGUGGUGCCCCCUGCAGGUGAUGACGAGGUCACAGUGGGCAAGUUCUAUGCCACCUUCCUGAUCCAAGAGUACUUCAGGAAAUUCAAGAAGCGAAAAGAGCAGGGGCUGGUCGGCAAGCCCUCGCAGAGGAACGCACUGUCCCUGCAGGCUGGCUUACGCACCUUGCAUGACAUUGGGCCUGAGAUCCGGAGGGCCAUCUCUGGGGAUCUGACGGCUGAGGAGGAGCUGGACAAGGCUAUGAAGGAGGCGGUGUCUGCCGCCUCCGAAGACGACAUCUUCAGGAGGGCUGGAGGCCUGUUUGGCAACCACGUCACCUACUACCAGAGUGACAGCAGGAGCAACUUCCCUCAGACGUUUGCCACCCAGCGCCCACUGCACAUCAACAAGACAGGGAACAACCAAGCGGACACCGAAUCACCGUCCCAUGAGAAGCUGGUGGACUCCACUUUCACCCCCAGCAGCUACUCAUCCACGGGCUCCAAUGCCAACAUCAACAAUGCCAACAACACUGCCCUGGGCCGCUUCCCCCACCCCGCUGGCUACUCCAGCACGGUCAGCACUGUGGAGGGCCAUGGGCCUCCCUUGUCCCCUGCUGUCCGGGUACAGGAGGCAGCAUGGAAACUCAGCUCUAAGAGGUGCCACUCCCGAGAGAGCCAGGGGGCCACGGUGAGUCAGGAUAUGUUUCCAGAUGAGACCCGCAGCAGCGUGAGGCUGAGCGAAGAAGUUGAGUACUGCAGUGAGCCCAGCCUGCUCUCCACAGAUAUACUCUCCUACCAGGACGAUGAAAACCGGCAACUGACCUGUCUAGAGGAGGACAAGAGGGAGAUCCAGCCAUCUCCAAAGAGGAGUUUCCUUCGCUCUGCCUCUCUAGGUCGAAGGGCCUCCUUCCAUCUGGAAUGUCUAAAGCGACAAAAGGAUCAAGGGGGAGACAUCUCUCAGAAGACAGCCUUGCCCUUGCAUCUGGUUCAUCACCAGGCAUUGGCAGUGGCAGGCUUGAGCCCCCUCCUGCAGAGAAGCCAUUCUCCUUCCACGUUCCCCAGGCCACGCCCCACGCCCCCUGUCACUCCAGGCAGCCGAGGCAGGCCCCUACAGCCCAUCCCUACCCUGCGGCUGGAGGGGGCGGAGUCCAGCGAGAAACUCAACAGCAGCUUCCCGUCCAUCCACUGCAGCUCCUGGUCAGAGGAGACCACAGCCUGUAGUGGGGGCAGCAGCAUGGCCCGGAGAGCCCGGCCCGUCUCCCUCACCGUGCCCACCCAGGCUGGAGCUCCAGGCAGACAGUUCCACGGCAGCGCCAGCAGCCUGGUGGAAGCGGUCUUGAUUUCAGAAGGACUGGGACAGUUUGCUCAAGAUCCCAAGUUCAUCGAGGUCACCACACAGGAGCUGGCUGACGCCUGCGAUAUGACAAUAGAGGAGAUGGAGAACGCCGCAGACAACAUCCUCAGCGGGGGCGCCCAGCAGAGCCCCAACGGCACCCUCUUACCUUUUGUGAACUGCAGGGACCCAGGGCAGGACAGGGCUGUGGUCCCAGAGGACGAGAGCUGCGUAUAUGCCCUGGGGCGAGGCCGGAGCGAGGAAGCGCUCCCGGACAGCAGGUCCUAUGUCAGCAACCUGUAGUCCGCAGGGCUGGCGAGACGCGGGUGUUUUUUAUUCGUUUCAAUGUUCCUAAUGGGUUCGUUUCAGAAGUGCCUCACUGUUCUCGUGACCUGGAGGUAACCGGAACAGCGUCUUCAUUCACUGCUGUCGGGAUAAGCCUCAGAGCUGGGCGGUGUACGAAGUCGGCUUUUCAGGGGAGAAGGCCAAGGCCGUGGUGCGGGGGCUCCAGCACCUUCCCACGGCAGCACCGCCCAAAGGACCCCACCCCACCCCCUAAGCAAAAGGGUGUUUUCCCCUUGCUUGUAUAAACAGUCAUUUGCACAUGUUCUGUCUGAGCCUGGCCGUCUCUAUGGAGCAGGGCCCCAGGGAUCUAUGGCAGGAAUGGGCCAGUGCCCCCAGUAGGAGCCGGAAGGUGGCUGCAAGGUUCCCAGCAGUGCAGAUCUGGUCCCUAUGGUCCCUUCAGGGACCCUUCCCCUGCUGGAACUGAGGUGCAGGUGGCAGGAGCCAGUGCAGACCACACCACCUGCCCUCAGCUAGCCAGACCAGGGGGCGCAGGCUGCUUGCCUGGUGCUCUGGGUUUCAUAGUUUGAUGGUUCUUGUCAGCAUGUUGCGGUUUUCUAGGUUAUGAUUUCUUUAUUACUAUUUGUUGUGUUUUCCCACGGGGAGGGGAGGAAGAAGAGCGUUUACGACUGCGCAGCCUCACUUCACCGGUUCCACAUUUGCAUAUUUAAGUUGGAUUUGGUUUUAUUGUAUUCUUUAAAUGGUGCGGUCCACCCCCACCCUCACCCCUAUUGGAGCAAGGGUUCAUUAUCACCACGGGGAGGUUUUACCUGCUCUGUGUAUGCCCAGUAACGUGUUACAAUUUUCCUUAAGUCAAAGCAACUUUUUUUCCCCCUUUCCGGUUUGGUUGAGCAUCACGACCUGCAGGUUAACAGUCAGUUUAGAUAAGGCGGUGUGUGUCUGGGCGACUGAGCUGGGCUCCUUUCUAUGCUGGGCAUAUGGAUUGGUUCAGGAGAGAAGAAAUAUGGGCAUCUUUGCGUCACACGUGUGUCCAUAGUGGGUCGUCUUGUGUGUCUGUACAUCCACACGGUACGUGAGCACCCCACCCCACCCCACCCCCGCACAAAGUCUGUAGAUCCCCGUUCGGGUUUGACUGCAGGGAGUUCUAAAUCUGGGGCUAUUCGAAAGCAAGAACAAACCACUGUCUCUGCUUCUGCUUCUGAAACGAGAAUCUGGUAACUGCAUUUUCUGUCCCACGAGAUAUGCAAAAGCAAUGCAAUAAUAUCCAUUUUAAAAUACGAUUGUGAGUUGUGUCAGCAUUAAAAUUCUAUUUUAAAAAAACAUGAAAUUUAAGGGGAAAAAACUCAAGAAGACAUUUUGCUUCGAUAUAUUCUGUGUAAUGUUUUAUUGCAUUGAUAAUGUUUCUGUUGAAGAAACUGUUAUACUUGAAUUCAGGUCAGUUUCAGUAUUUUUCAAAUAUUUUUUUAAAACUGAAUUGCAAUUGUGCCAAGCAAAUAUAAUGACUUAAGUUUGUUUUAAAAUUCACUUCUUGUAUAUUUUGCUGCAUGUAAAGUAAAUCAUUUUGUAUUUGGAGUGUGACAAGCUUUA